UGAAGUACCAUAUUUUUCUAGAACUCUUUUUGCUAGCAGGACACGGUUUUCAAUAAGGGACCGACUCUUUUUUCCUUCCUUUUCCCCUUUAGGUCGGUUCCGCUUUGUUCGAUCGCACCGCUUUGUUACGCUCUAUAUAAGAUGCUAAUUGUCAUGAACAUAUCAUCAUCAUCAUCGAUAAAAUUUACAAAGCUUUUGAGAAAAAUUAUUCCGAGAUUUUUUUAAUGCUAGGUGCUGCGACAACAAAAACAAGAGAAGAAGGAUCACGGUUUGACACUGGUCGUUACGAUGAGCAAAUCCACGAUUUGCUUUCCGGCGACGAAACCGGCGAUUUCUUCACCUCAUACGAUGAGGUCUACGAAAGCUUCGACUCCAUGGGACUGGAGGAGAAUCUCUUAAGAGGGAUUUACGCUUACGGGUUGGAAAAACCCUCGGCUAUUCAACAAAGAGGCAUCGUUCCUUUUUGCAAAGGCCUCGAUGUGAUCCAACAGGCUCAAUCCGGAACCGGCAAAACCGCCACUUUCUGUACCGGGAUCCUCCAGCGGCUCGACGUCAGGUUGGUCGAAUGCCAGGCUCUGGUAUUGGCCCCAACCCGCGAGCUCGCGCAACAGAUCCAGGCGGUCAUGGCGGAUAUCGGGCGAUACCUCGGCUUUAAGGUGCACGCCUGUGUUGGCGGGACCAGCACCCGGGAGGACGAUCGGAUCCUGGCCGCCGGGGUCCACGUCGUGGUCGGAACCCCAGGGCGCGUGUUCCACAUGCUCCAGAAGAAAUCGCUCCGCGCUGAUUAUCUCAAGAUGUUCGUGCUGGACGAGGCGGAUGAGAUGCUCUCUAAGGGUUUCAAGGAUCAGAUCUACGAAAUCUUUAUGAAACUCCCGAAAGAAAUCCAGGUCGGAGUUUUCUCCGCCACAAUGCCGCCGGAAGCCCUAGAUUUGACCAAGAAAUUCACGAACAAACCGGUUAGGAUACUGGUGAAGCGCGACGCGCUCACGCUGGAAGGGAUAAGGCAGUUUUACGUGGACGUUAGUAAGGAAGAUUGGAAGCUGGAUACGCUGUGUGAUUUGUAUGAAACCUUAGCUAUCACUCAGAGCGUGAUCUUUGCCAGCACGCGUCGUAAGGUCGAUUGGCUUGCCGACAAGCUGCGAGGCAUGGAUCAUACGGUCUCCGCCACGCAUGGUGACAUGGACCAGAACACGAGGGACGUGAUCAUGCAGGAGUUCCGGUCGGGUUCAUCGCGGGUUUUGAUCACCACGGACCUCAUGGCUCGUGGCAUUGAUGUCCAGCAGGUUUCCCUAGUCGUCAAUUAUGAUCUCCCUACUCAGCCUGAGAAUUAUCUACAUAGGAUUGGCCGGAGUGGAAGGUUUGGGAGGAAAGGAGUGGCCAUUAACUUUGUGACCAAGGAGGAUGAAAGGUUGCUUUAUGAUAUUCAGAGGUUCUACAAUGUGGCGAUUGACGAGCUGCCUGCAAAUGUUACUGAACUCCUCUAAACAAGUGUCUUUUUUGAGUGAUUUCAAAUGAGUGAGUUGUGGCACAAGUUUUGCAUUGUUUUUUUUUUAAUUCUCCAAACAGCUCUUGUACGGCUGCUUAAUGUUGUCGUUUGACGCUGUAGUGUUCUAGUUAUUGAAGGUUUUUGUGCUUUUGUUGUUUUUGUGAAAUUUGAGAUUCUGAAUAAAGAGACUCCUUGCUUUCAAAGUGUGGUGCGAAUUUUAUUUUUAUUUAUGAUGAGGAGAUUACUUAGACAUUGGAAAUCAUGUUAUUGUAACACCAAAC